UUGGCUGAGAAGAAAGCAUCUAGCUCUACUAUACAACACACACACAUAGAAGUGCCUUUUUUCCCUCUUAAAUAACACAUAUUUCCUUGGAUAUCUACUGCAUAAGGAGCCGCCAAGAGAGACACACACAGUUAACGAAAUGGGCAGAGAAGUCAUGGCUGGCAUGAGUGUUCUCUUCUUGAUUCUCUUCUUAUCAUUCUCAUCUUGCAAGGUUUCUUUCGCCGCUACAACUACAAGUAGCCUCCAUAAACAAAACUUAUCAACCCCACUUAACCCUUUUUCCCCAAGAGCAUCUUUGAUCCGUUAUUGGAACAAACAUAUCUCGAACAGCCUACCUAAACCACUGUUUCUCCUCUCCAAAGCUUCUCCACUCAGUGCCAUAGACUCAGCGAUCCUCACUAAACUUGCCACUCAAAACUCUCUUUCCUUGCACCUUGACUCAUUCUGCUCUUUAGCCAACUUAUUUUGCUUCUUUGACACAAAACAAAGUUUACGCAAUCAUGACCAAGAUUCCAACUUUGCACUUUACUCCAACAAGCGCUUUGCGAACUAUGGUGGAUCAAGACUCAGCGGGGUCGACUCAUUUAAGAACUACUCCAACGGGUUGAACACGGUCGCCGACUCUUUCAUAAGAUACAGCCGUGAAUCUACAGGCCAUAGUGAGACAUUCACAAACUAUGGUAACGAUGGAAAUGUCGCCAAUGCAACAUUUGGCAACUAUGGCUCUGCUGCCACUGGUGGUUCUGGCACGUUCAAGAACUAUGAUAACCGAGUCAAUGUGCCUGGUCUUCGAUUCACUACUUAUGCCUCAGAUGGAAAUGACCAUAAGCUCUCCUUUUCAAGCUACAGUGAUGAAACGAAUGUAGGUGCUCAAGGAUUCAAUAGCUAUGGCAAGAAAGGAAAUGGGGUUCCAUCUGAGUUCGUAUCCUAUAGUCGAGAUUCAAACGGUAUUGAAUCUAAAUUUACUGGCUAUGGUGAGUUAGGUAAUGCAGCAAAUGACUCUUUCACUAGUUAUGGAAACUCAGGUAACAACCCACAUAACAACUUCAAGAGUUAUGGAAGUGGUGCAAACUCUGCUAGUGAUCGCUUCUCAAGCUACAGGAACGGAGCCAAUGUUGGUCAGGAUUCAUUUCAAUCUUAUGCCAAGGAUUCAAAUUCAGGGAAAGUGAGCUUCGCAAAUUAUGGAAAAUCAUUUAACCCUGGAAAUGAUUCAUUCAUAGAUUAUGGCAAAGGUUCAAAGGGUAUGACCACCAUUGGGUUCAAAAGUUAUAGCCUUGAUCGAUCAUUCAUGGUUUAUAAAGAUAAGGGUGUUACAUUUGCUGGUUACAGUAACACAAGUAGUAUGCCGAGUGACAAUGGCGUUUCUGUAAAUAAGAGACGGGUGGAACCAGGGAAGUUUUUCAGGGAAUCCAUGCUGAAGCCUGGGAAUGUUAUGGUAAUGCCCGACAUUAGGGACAAAAUGCCAGAGAGGUCAUUUUUACCCAGGUCAAUUGUUUCAAAAUUACCAUUCUCAACCACAAAAAUGGCCAAGCUCAAGGACCUUUUCCAUGCGUCAGAUAACUCAACCAUGACGCGCGUGCUUAUCAACGCACUAGCCGAGUGCGAGAGGGCACCAAGCCACGGUGAGACCAAGCGAUGCGUUGGUUCUGUCGAGGACAUGAUCGACUUUGCAGUUUCGGUCUUGGGCCACAACGUGACGGUCAGGACCACCGAGAAUGUUAACGGGUCAAAGAAAAGAGUGAUGAUCGGAUCGGUUGAAGGGAUCAACGGCGGACAAGUGACCAAAUCAGUGUCCUGUCACCAAAGCUUGUACCCGUAUUUAUUGUAUUACUGUCAUUCGGUACCCAGAGUUAGGGUUUACGAGGCAGACAUUGUUGAUGUUGAGAGCAAAGAAAAGAUCAACGUUGGUGUUGCCAUUUGUCAUGUUGACACAUCAGCUUGGGGUCCAGAACAUGGAGCCUUUGUUGCCCUAGGGUCCAGCCCUGGGAAAAUUGAGGUUUGCCACUGGAUCUUUGAGAACGACAUGACUUGGACCAUUGCGGACAGAGGGUAGCUAGCGGUUGCAUAAUUUAUUUUGAAACGGUGCUUGAUUUGAUUCGUAACUUUCUUUGUCUCUGAAAAUUGUUAAAGGAAACGAAGUUGGAAUUUACUUUUGUGUUUUA